AUGACGGACGAAAAUCGGAAUGGAACCAUCGUGGGUGAGCUCAGUGGCUUAUCAGAGGCCGAGCUAGCGGCUGUACAGGAGCUUCUUGAGAGGACGGCUGAGGAGGCUGCUGUUGAUGAUGAUGAUCAAUCCUCGAGCUGUUGGGGUGGCCGGCUUACUCUCACUUAUAAACCCUCGAUGACCCGAAGGAGAAAUACUGUGCCCGACUGCCGAGUCGCAUUACCCAUAACAGAGACGAGACCACCCAAGAUUGCCGACAGGAUCUUCGCGAACGCCAUGAUAAGUCUGAGUAGUGAGCAUAGGGCACUUUGGAGGCAGGCUGAGAGGGAGCUCAAGAAUACUCCUGAUGGGAGGGCGACAAGUCAAUUGCGCAAUAGGAGAUUUUCAAUGCCGGAUGUCCCACUGAAUGUCGAGGCGGAGAAGAAGUCCGGGAAAAAAGUAACCACAAGCAAACACACCGUGUCGGGAUAUUGUCACUUUUCAGCCUCUACACCUUCCAACACUAGCUCUCUCGCUGCGGUCUCUGACAGAUCUGACCCUAGCAAUUUCAGCCAGCUAGCUUCCCGACGUCGUCGUGGGAGGAGACGUAGGCUCAGACGUGAAGAGAUGAACUCAGCCGUCGAAGCGGAAAGCUCUUCGAUGAUGAACCAGAAGCAAUUCAAUUCAUGGCUCGAUAACCUUUUCUUGAAUGCUGAGAGGAAUAGACGAGAUGAGAUGCGUCUCAUGGAACAGAGGGAUCCCAUUUUGAGCCGGUAUGACCCUGAGACCAUGCCCCUCGAUGGCAACUCGGGUCAUCACCAGCAACGACACCAUCAUCGAGGAGCUUUCUUCGAGAGUGCUGAUGACGCUGCAAAUGCUGAUUAUGAUGAUGCUGAGCUUGGUUGGGAUUGA